AUGCGCAGAUCUGGGGAUACAGAAGAUAGUCAGGCAGUGGAGCGCUCUGCGCUCUUGGGAGAUGUGCAGCGGAGUUCGGGCGACGGCGCUGCCAGACCCGAUGACGAUGUGCCGAAUGUCCCCGUCACGGUCUGGCGAGGAAUUGCCAUUGGCCUCAGUCUUGGCAUCUUGAUAUUCCUCCAAGCGACAAACAUGUCCGGCAUGACCAUGAUCCAGGGCCAGGUCGCUGACGACAUUGACGCGCACGCGGCUGCGUCGUGGUUCACCGCCGCCUACCUCAUCCCGCUGUCGUCAUUUGCGUCCGUUGCCGGGCGGCUGGCCACCAUUUUCUCGCCACGUAGCCUGGUACUGCCCCUGGGUGUACUGUUCGCGCUAGGAUCGCUCGUCACAGCGCGCGCGACAUCCUUCACGGGCCUCGUGCUGGGGCGCGCCGUCGCAGGCACCGGCGGCGCGGGCGUGCUGGGCUUGUGUGUCAUUUUCGUGCUGGAGUUGACGACGAAGCGCCGCCGGGGACUGUUUAUCGCAAUGGUAAACGCUGGCUUCACCGCGGGCGUGGCAUUUGGUGCGGUCGUGUACGGUGCUCUCUUGCCAACGAUCGGAUGGCGUCCUAUAUUUAUUUGGCAGGUUCCUGUAUCUCUCAUAGGAGGCGUUGCGUCCUAUAUAAGUCUCCCCAGCAGUAUGAAGCCUGGUGGCGGCGAUAUCCUUUAUACACCUGGAACCACAAAGCAAAAGCUGGCACGGAUCGACUACCUUGGAGCAUUCUUACUAUGCUCCACAAUCGUCGUAUUUCUCUACAGCCUCGCCGCCGACAUCCACCCUCUUGCGCUCGGCCUGUCUCUUCUCUCCCUCGCCGCCUUUCUCUUCGUCGAGUACCGCGUCGCUGCUGACCCCAUCAUCCCACUCCAGGUGCUCUCAUCGCGUGGUGUGCUUCUUUCGUGCCUCGCACAGCUCGGGCUUAUGACGGCGCGCUGGACUCUGCUCUUCUACACGCCCAUCCUCAUGCUCGCCGUGCGCGGCGCCGCGCCCACCAGUGCUGGCUCCGUCCUCGUUCCCACCAACGCGGGCUUUGGCAUCGGCGGCCUGCUCGUCGGCAUCUUGCACAUUCGCCGUGCGGGCUCCUUCUGGCUCCCAACGGUUCUUGUCACGGCCGUCUUUGGCCUCAGCCUGUUUCUCAUGGGCCUAGUCGCGGCGCCGACCGCGUCGCUGGCGCUGCUCGUGGCCGUCGUAUUCCUAAACGGCCUCGCGACUGGCGCGGCGCUGAAUUACAGUCUGGCGCACGUGCUGCACCUGUCGCACAGGGACACAGAGUAUGUUAGCACGAGCUUGCUUGGCACGUUUCGCGGAUUCGGCGGCAGCUUCGGCACUUCCAUUGGCGGCGGUAUCUUCUUUCGCUUCCUGAAGCAGACGCUCACGGCAGGUUUUGCGGAUCUGGAGGGCCACCACCGGCGCGAGGAGGGCUUGACGCAGGAGCACGCGCGCCUCGUCACCCGCCUGCUCGGUGCACCGGGGCUCGUCUUCUCGGGCGAGCUGAGCGCGGAGGAGCAGCAGAUUGCUAUCAGAGGAUACAGUGGUGCCAUCGGGGGAGUAUGGCACGCUGCGGCGUUACUUGCCGUCGUCGUCAUUGCUGUGCAGGCGGCUGCAGGCUGGACAGCGCCCGAAGAGCGCAGCAGCAAGUACAACGCAGAAGACGAGGACCAGGCCUACGCCGCACUCUUAGAAAAUGAAGGCGUGGGAGAAGCUUGA